AUGACUACAGCAAAUCCUAAUAACGAACAAGCAAUUGGAAUUGAUCUGGGAACAACAAACUGUUGUGUGGCUUAUUACUCUAAAAAGCUUGUGAAUAUUGAGCAUGACUCAGUUAGAUUGCUUCCUUCAAUUAUUCUAUAUACUUCACCAUCAACACCUCUCGUUGGUGAAGUAAACCCAGAGCAAUUAUUGGAAAAUGAAAAUACAAUUAUCACUAACACAAAAAGGUUUAUUGGACUAAAGUUCACCGAUCCCAAAGUUAAAGAAAAUGCUCAGAAUUUACCUUUCGAACUUACUGAUCAUCAAGGUGCAGCAACAACUGCUGGAUUCACUGAUGUACAUCUUUUGACUGAACCUGUUGCAGCUGCUAUUGCUUACAAUUAUGAAACCGAUUUUGGUAAACCUGAAGACACAAAAAUGGAAACAAAUAUCCUUGUGUUUGAUUUAGGUGGUGGAACAUUUGACGUGUCUAUUCUCAGUGUUGUUAAUGAAAACUACACUGUGCUUUCCGAAGAAGGAAAUAUGCAUUUGGGGGGGUUGGAUUUUGACAAUCGCCUUUUCAACCACUUUAAAAAUGACAUUAUUAAGAAUCAUGAGUUUGAUGUUUCUGUUUCACCAACUGCAAAAUGGAGACUUCAUAAAGCUUGCGAAGAGUUGAAAAAAAGGUUGAGCAUAUCUGAAACAGCCUCAAUUUCUCUCAAAAGUUUUUCACCCACAGACUAUACCUUGACUAUAACACGUCGUGAUUUUGAAAUUUUGUGUCGAGAUUUAUUUGAAGAAACCAGAACCACAAUAACUAAUGCAAUUACUCAAGCCAAAUUGAAAAAUUCAAAUCUAAAUAUUACACGGGUUAUUUUAGUUGGUGGCUCUAGCUUGAUUCCUUAUUUCACAAAUGAAAUUUUGAGACCCAUGUUCCCACAAAGCAAAAUUUGCAAAGAUGUAUCCACCGAAGCUGCCGUUGCCUAUGGUGCAGCCCUAAGAGCAGCAACCUAUUAUGGAAAUUUAUCUGGAAAUUUACGCCAAAUUAACCUUAGGGAUGUGGCUCCUUUGUCACUUGGAUUAGAAGUUAAUCAUGGAAUAUUUGUGAAAAUCAUUGAAAAAAACACUGAAAUACCAGUCUCAAAGUCUCAACUGUUUACAACAAUUGAGGAUAAUCAAAGAGAAAUAAUAGUCAAGGUUUUUCAGGGAGAACGCGAUAUUGCCUCCAGAAACUUCUUUCUUGGGGUUCUUUUUCUUAAAAUUGAACCUAAACCCCGAGGUGAAGUUACUGUAGAUGUGACAUUUUCCAUUAAUGACGAAGGAAUUCUAACAGUGAAGGCACAAAUAUUGCCAUCAGGAGCAUCAAAAAAAAUUCGACUUGAGGGUGCAAGUCAAAUUUCUGAAGAAGAAAUCCAGCGCUUAAAAGACGAAGCUUUACAAGCAGCUGCUGAAGAUGAAAAGUCUAAGCAAUCAGCGGAAGCAAGAACCAAGUUGGAAGAUUUCAUUUAUAAAAAAAGACGGACUUUGAAAGAUGACAAAGAAGGCAAAGCUGCUAACGACAUACUGAAAGCUUCAGAAGAUAAAAUUAAAACAAACACCUUAAUGGCUAAUGAUUUGGAAAAGGAACUGGAAAAUUUGACGUUAGCUUUCGCUUCCCUUGGUCUUUAA